AUGUCAUUCAGAUCGCCAAUUAUAGAAGAAGAGGAAUUCCCUCAACACACAGGCGACCCUCAAGUCGACAUUCGCAAGCAGCUUGCACAAAUCGAGAUUGUCCGAAAGUCUGCCAUAGAGCUUGCUACCACACUUACCAAAGAUUACAUAUGGCAAAAAGAUGAAUUCAAUCUGACCCUUAAAAAUGAAAAUGGACUGUUGUACCUCCAUGGUAUCACUGAUUAUAGCGAUGCCGUAGAAGACGAAUGGCUCAUCGUAUACAUACUAAGAGAACUAUCGAAGUCCCACCCUAACCUCUGGAUCCGAGUAUUUGACACAGACGGCGAGUUCCUCCUUGUCGAAGCAGCCAAUGUGCUGCCCAGAUGGUUGAACCCCGAGAUUGACAAUAACCGAGCCUGGAUCAACAAAGGAAACCUUCUUCUUAUCCCCGUCAAAGAUGGAGAGGGACUCAGAGCUCGCCAUCUUGAACUACCGGACGCAGUCCAGGUGAUCAAAACGAAACGAGAUGCACUUGCUCACUCAGGUUUCGUCGAAGCUGAAGCCUUCUACAGACUUGAAAAGUACCCAAGGCAGAUCAGUGAAUCUCUACACCAUUCUCUCAUUACGAUCCCGAGGAAGUUGGCAUAUAUCCUUCACUCCCUCCCUAAGUCUGUUGCACCAGCAGUUGAAGAAUUCUAUCUCCGGGACCCGAUCGCCUUGAAACGUGUAAUCUCACCAACCCAACCAUUAGCAUUCCCUCCAGAGGACCUCAUCACAGUAUCUGUCAGGUUCAGCAAGGUACUUUUCGCUCAGUUGCGAUCUCAACGGUUCGAUGCCCCGCCGAGUUGGAGCGAAGUCCUUCGGAAAGCGCAGAAAGAAGCUCCUUCAGGCGAGGCAGACACAGUCAUGGCGAGAUUGGAUAUUGGGAUGAAGCUUACAUGUGGAUUCGAAAUGCUGGCUGUGAAGGCUGAAAAGAGCAAAAGCAGAGUUGUUCGCGAGCUUGCUAUCGAACUUGAGGAUCUCUCAGAGGAUGGCAACGAGGCUCUCCCCUCAGAUGAAGACAUCAAAGCAUGGACGGAUCACGACCGUGAUGAUAGCGAAGCAUGGAUGGACAUCAACUACCAAGACUUCGAGAAGGAACUGGAUGGCAAAAGAGAGAACGCUUCCUCCAACUCCAAGUCAGGCUUUGGAGAUGCGAAUACGCAAUCUGACCUUCGGAAGAUUGUGUCUCGCUUCGAGGCAUUUCUGAAUGAUGACAGUGCUGGAAUGGACGGCGCAGAACUUGACGAAAUGGAUUACGAUGAUGAUGACGACGACGAAUUCGACGAAGACAGCGAAUCCGAGGACAAGGAGGUUAGCUUUGACGAGGAGGAGUUCGCUAAGAUGAUGAGAGAAAUGAUGGGUCUACCAUCCACAGGCCCAAGCACAAACACGGCAAAGAAGGCCGCGACUCAGCCCAAACCCCCUGUAAUUGACGAAGAGGACGAAGAGAUCCAGAAGCUCACCACGGAGUUCGAAGCAGAGCUCAACCAGUUUGGUGCGCUCAAGCUCGACCCUGUCGAGAAGCAAACCCGUCUCAAGGAUGUAACUCAAAAAGAGGGAGAGAGUAGCCUAACGGACAUUAAAGAAGAAGAAGAGAACAGCGAUGACGAAGUCGAUAUUGACUACAACCUGGCAAAGAACUUACUCGAAAGUUUCAAGAGCCAGGCUGGUAUGGCUGGACCGACUGGUAACUUGUUGGGUAUGAUGGGCUUUCAACUACCACGAGACGAAGAGGAUGAGAAUGAGAAGGAGGACGAAGAGACUGGCCAUGGCUCAGCAAAAGGGAAGGGAAAAGCAAGAGCAUAG